AUGCACAAAUGCAAGAUAAACAUUAACGAUCAGCCACAUGUCGAAAGAAAAACAGCAAUAAUAUGUACCAUUGGACCAGCUUGUGCAAGUGUGGAUAAAUUGAAAGAAAUGAUAUCAGCAGGCAUGAAUAUUGCUCGUCUUAAUUUUAGCCAUGGAUCACACGAGUAUCAUGCAACAACAAUAAAAAAUAUACGCGAGGCGGUGCAAAGUUUUCAUCAAAAGCCAUUAAUUGCAAUUGCUUUGGACACUAAAGGACCUGAAAUUCGCACCGGACUUAUAAACGGAUCCAAUACGGCAGAAGUAGAACUGAAAAAAGGCGCAAAAAUAAAACUCACAACGGACAAGGCCUUUGCUUCGAAAUGCAGUGCUGAUGUAUUAUACGUUGAUUAUGAGAACAUGCCCAAUAUUCUGAAGCCUGGGGCUCAUAUAUUCAUCGACGACGGACUCAUUUCAGUGGCUGUUAAUAGCAUCCAAGGCAAAGACAUAAUGUGCACGAUCGAAUAUGGCGGUAAAUUAGGCAGCAAAAAAGGGAUCAAUCUUCCUGGUACUAAAUGUGAUUUACCUGCCGUUUCUGAUAAAGACACUCAAGAUUUGAAAUUCGGUGUUGAACAGGGUGUUGAUAUGAUAUUUGCGUCAUUUAUUCGAAACGCUGAAGGUGUGCGUGCAAUUCGGCGUAUUCUCGGCGAGAAAGGAAGAUUUAUUAAAAUUAUAGCGAAAAUUGAGAGCCAAGAAGGCGUUGAAAACGCAGAUGAGAUAAUCAGAGAAGCUGACGGGUUGAUGAUAGCGCGCGGUGAUUUGGGUAUUGAAAUUCCCACUGAGAAAGUAUUUGCGGCGCAGAAAAUGCUAAUCGCACGAUGUAACGUAGUCGGGAAACCCGUUGUUUGUGCUACGCAAAUGCUCGAAUCAAUGACUAAGAAGCCAAGACCUACUCGAGCCGAGG